AUGAUGGUCUCGAGCUUCCACGACGGCCCAUCACAGGCCAGCACCAUGCCGGGCGUGCCCAUGCACAUGCCGGUACCCAUGGAGGGGUUCCAUAACGCCGACCCCAGCCCCAGCUCCGGCCCCAACUACCAGUACAGCCAGCAUCACCAGCAGCAGCAGAGCAUCCGCCGAAAGAGGAAAGCAGACUCUCAGGAUGCCAACAAUGAGAGGUUAUCCAAAAGACUAAGCCUGUUGAAUUUAGAACAAAAUGGUUCCAAACUCUACGUCCCAGUCGAACAACCUCCUGCUUCACACUUCGCCAACAAUGCCUCCGCAUCGUCGCCCUCAUCCUCGGCCGCCGCCGUCCCUGGCGCUGCAGUGACCGCCGGCGGCGACGAGAUGAUGCUCCUCGACGACACCAAGCACAAGGUGUACAUCUACAACCUCGACGACGAGCUCUCCUCGGACGCCGACAGCGACCCGGACGAGGCCCGGCUCGUCUUCCUGCCCGACGUCGAGCGGCACCUGCGCGCGAACCGCAUCGUCCCGGGCAUGCCCGGCGCCCCCGGCGGCAGCGUGCCGCGGCCCAUCCUCCCCAACAAGGACGGCGAGCUGGCAGGCAUGCAGCUGGUGCUGUACGACGACGGCGUCCGCAGCGUCAGCGUGCCCGAGGAGCAGGACAGCGUGCGCAAGGCCAUCAUCGAGGCCCGCGAGAGGCACCGCCGCAGGCAGCAGGACGAGCGCGACGCCAAGGCCGCCGCCAACAACCCCCUUCUGCGCCCCGAGUCCCGGGCCACCUUUGCCACGCCCGUCCGGGUCGCCCCGGCGGCUGCGGCCCAGCAGCAGCAGUUUUUGAACGAAGGUGCGGCCGGCAUGGCGUCGACGGGUGUGGGUGUGGAUAUUGACGCGGACGCUGAUGCUGACGCAAUGGAGAUCGACUGA